AUGCAAUCCUCAACUUCUCUUUCUUCAAUAUCUUCUACAAUAUCCAGUAAUUCAUCAACAUAUGCCUCUCGAACAAUUCUCGAAGCGAAAGAUUUACAUUCAGCUGCACCUCGAUGUCGAUCAUCAAUUAUAGCUUUCCUUGAAGAUGAUCAAACUAUUUUCUUAUCACCAUCACCAUCAUCGCCACCUCCACCUCCACCGCGUCGUCGAUCACAACUUCCGUCAAAUAAUAAAUCCAUGUCGAAAUGUCGUCAUCUCUUUCGUACUUGUCUUUCUUCGAUUUCAUCACCUUUCUCUUUACCUAUUCAAGCAAAACUCUCAGAUUCAACUAUUCAAAAACAAUAUUUUGCUAAAUUAUGUCAUCAUUAUCGAUUACUUCUUGUUCUCAAUGAUUAUGAAUGUAAAUGUGGUUGUCGUUUUUCAAUGCGACAAGGUACUUUUGUUAUUUUAUAUGAAACAAAAAAUGAAGUAUCAAUGUGGAAUAAAAAUAAACUUGUAACAGUUAUAUCAAAUGAAUUAAUAUGUUCAAAAGUUCCAUCUGAAUAUCUAUGUGAUGUUGAAUUGUUACGUGAACGUGUUCGUACAAGACAUUUUUCUAGUGAUGAUGAACAAAGUUUUGAUUUGUAA